GUGAAGCUGUGGUUAUGCGGAAACCCUAGCCGCUCGCGAGCUCGCUCGCUGUCGCUGGUUGGAUUGGCGUCGUCGGUGCGGUAGCAAUGGCGGGGGAGGCGGAGGCGCGGCGGUGACCGGAUCCCGCCGUGUGUGUGUGGGGUGGAGGUGAUGGGGAAGGCGGGGGACCCGACGCCGGACUCGGCGGGCGGGGGCGGCGGCUCGCGGGAUGGGAUGGUGGGAGAAGGGGAGGAGCGAAGGAGGCGGCGCAGGUGGUGGAGGUGCGUGGCGGCGGUGUUGCUUGGAGCCGCGGUCGUGCUGUCGGCGCUGUUCUGGCUGCCACCGUUCUCGCGGCGGCGCGGGGUGGCGCGGGAGGACCGGUGGGGUGGAGCUGAUGUGGUUGCAAGCUUCAAACUGCAAAGGAUGAUUUCGGAGCUCCGCGAAAAUAAACCAAAACUCGAGUAUGAUAUUUUUGAAGAGAUAGGCAUCGGAAAUUCUACGGUUUCUGUAAUUUCGUUCGACUCCAUCUCUGAAUCAAACUGGACUGUGGUGACUUUUGGAGUCUGGCCGUAUCCAAGCAAUUCUACCAUAUCAACCACUGAGUUAAGCAUCCUAAGGUCAUAUUUAAUGUCCUUGGUGAUACGACAAUCCACUCUUCAGUUGACGCCAUCUCUAUUCGGGAAUUCUUCUUCUUUCGAGAUUUUGAGGUUUCCUGGUGCUAUAACCAUUAUACCUCCACAAAAUGCUUUUGUUCCUCAGAAGCCCGAUGCCUUGUUUAACUUCUCGUUGAACUUCCCCAUUGAUGUGGUACAAAACAAAGUGAGUGAAUUGAAGGCCCAGAUGAAAUCUGGGUUAUUUCUUAGUCAACUUGAGAUCUUAUACGUUACAUUGACAAAUCUGGAUGGUUCGACAGUUGCCCCUCCUACAAUAGUUCAAACAUCUGUUCUCCUUGCUGUUGGGGCAGAUAGAAAACCACCGUCAUUGCAACGACUGAAAGAGUUGGCUCAAACACUAAAAAAUUCUUCUUCAGGAAAUUUGGGUCUGAAUCACACUGUAUUUGGCAAAGUAAAACAGAUUAGUCUGUCUUCUUAUCUUCAGCAUUCACUGAACAAUGCAGGCAGUACACAUUCACCAAGUCCAGCUCCUCAACCUUAUAAUCAACCACACUCAGCCCACCAGGACAACAAUCACGACCAUCAUAGUCACCACCACCAUCAUCACCACAGUCACCACCACCAUCACCACCAUGACCUAAGCCAUCAGGGUUUGCAGCAUUUGCCCCCUGCUCCUGCUCCUCUUCACAGCAUGCCAACCUUUGUGAGUUGUGAUUCUAGCUGUACACGCAAGAAAUUGCAUAGUGAUGCUAAACACCAUUCAGCUCCUCACAUGGAUCCUUCAUUCCGUCAUGUGACGCCCGUAGCUUCUCCAAACAGUUAUGAAGCUUCAGGUCCAUAUGUGGAUCCGCCGUCAUUUCAUCCGAGGAUCCCAUUGUCCCCACUUCCUGCUGUUGUUUUUCAUGCAAUGCCACCAAGUGAGAGUGUGGGAACACUCGAGCAUCCCUACAAGUUCUCGUCAAUAUCACCCGCACCAUCUACCUUAUCAGCUUCUAGCCUAUCAUCUUACUGGUGGGUCAUUACAUCACUUGUAUACCUGUGCAUGCAACUGCUGUAGAGAUGUUUCUCCCAAGAUGGUGAAGUUCCUGAAAAGCUUGGAUCACCAUUUUGCAAAUGGAAUCGGCUGUCAAAAACUUUAGAUGGAUUUCUUUGGUGAUCCUCGUGUAAAUACAUGUAUAAUGCAGCUGAAGGGGAUGUGGUCGUGGUCAAAGCCGUAAUGAUGGCGGGCCCUAAUCGGUUCACAAACUCUGUGCUGCUUUGUACAAUCAUGCCGCAGAUCAAUAAAGAUAUGGCGUUUUUGUUGAGAUUCAAUGAGCAAGAUUUCCUCUAGACUGGAAACACAAAAGGGGAAUGGGUGCGGUCUGGGAUAUCAUGUUAUUAUUCCACUUUAGACAUUAAGAAACAGAUAUUCUUCAAGUCUUGUUAUGCAGCUAAAUUUAGAAUUUAGUCUAUACAGGAAGAUUCAUCUAGGAGCAUACACGGAGAUAUCAGCAGCAUGGGUAACAAUUUCUUUACAUCUCUGAUGUUGAUGAUUUCUCACUUGUAUUUGUGAAUGCAGAGAAGUGUGAUGUACUACAGUAUCACUGUUUGUCUCUUGAUUGGUACACUGAGCAAUCAAUCAUUCUACUUUCUUUGGAAAAGCUGCCUAUCAAUGCCAGAAUCUGUUUAAAGAUUUGCUGAGAGACUGAGACCCUUCAAACAGAAGCAGAAAAGACUCUUUGGACAGAAUCCUAUGAAAUUCUUCAAGUAUCCAUUGAAUUUCUCAAAAGCUGCCUGGUAAGUCUACUAGUAGUCUUCAUGCCAAUGCCUGAAUCAUCAGUAAUAUAGCAGAACCAUGGUGGCUUUAAUGAUGAUUUUGCCCAGUGGUUUGCUUCGUCUUUGAAAAUCAUUUGUGCUCCUAGUGUGUGCUCUCAGCCAUUGCAGGUGACUAAACUAUACUAUUUACUUU